AUGGCCUCUUCAGUAGCACACGGCGUGAAAACGCUCGGCGUUGUCGGUGCAGGACAGAUGGGUCUUGGUAUUGCAUACGUAGCUGCUCUCCGGGCCCAGAUCCCCGCCGUUCUCCUUUGCGAUGCAUCGCCGGCACAACUCCAGAAAGGUGUCAGCUUCUUCGAAACUCUGCUCAAGAAAGAUGUCAGCAAGGGAAAGAUCCAGCAAGCCGAUGCUGACUCUGCACGAGCUCGUCUUAUCACCGUUGAGAAGCUCGAGGACUUUGCCAACAAAGGAGCAAAGGGUGCUGCUGAUAUGGUCAUCGAGGCGGCUACAGAGGAUCUGUCAGUGAAGCAAAAGAUCUUCGGUACACUCGCUUCGACCCUGCCAUUGGAGACGGUUUUGGCGACCAACACAAGUAGUAUCAGUGUUAGCAAGAUCGCUGCCAGCGCGGUGGGCGCGAACGUCAAACCUGGCUCGGAGGAGGCUUGGAAAAGUCCUGCCCGUGCUCUUGGAAUCCACUUCUUCAACCCAGUCCCAGUCAUGACUUUAGUCGAGCUUAUCCCUGCCAUCCAAACCAGCCCUGAAGUCGUCGACCGAUCCCGAGCUUUUGCUCAAGCAUGCGGUAAAGAAGUUACCACCUCAAAAGACGUUCCCGGUUUCAUCUCAAACCGUCUUCUCAUGCCUUUCAUCAAUGAAGCCGUCAUGGCUCUCGAAAAGGGUAUCGCCUCCAAGGAGGACAUCGACAAAACUCUCCGUCUUGGUAUGAACCAUCCCAUGGGCCCUCUCACUCUGGCUGACUUUAUCGGCCUGGAUACCUGUCUGAGUAUCAUGGAAACGUUGUACAGGGAGACGGCGGAUAGCAAGUACAGACCUGCUGUGUUGUUGGGAAGAAUGGUCGAUGCUGGCUGGUUCGGCAAGAAGAGUGGAAAGGGAUUCUACGACUAUCCCUCAAAGUAA